CACGCCUCCAUUCGUGGCCUCGGCUGUCAAUCACUGGGUCCCGGCCGGUGAUUUUUUGCCGGCACCCGGUGAUCACUAAGUAUUACUGACGAGGGAGAGACCUGUGUAUAAACAACACAGAUCUUUGCCGUGUCAGCUCCUGCACACUGCUUUGUAUGGCUCUGCAUAGCAGAGCCAGGGAAACACAGCACACACUAAAAAAAAAAAAAAAACAGCACACAGUUAAUCCUUUGAUCGCCUCAGAUAUUAACCCCUUCCUGACCAAUGCCAUCAGUACAGUGUCAGUACUUUUUAUUAGCACUGAUCACUGUAUUGGUGUCACUGGGGAAGUCAGUGACACAAAAUCAGUUCCCCCCCCAGUGUCAGAAUGUCCGCCGCAGUCCCGCAGUACAGCUAUAAGUCUCUGA